AUGAAUCUACUACAACCCCCACCCAUCGACACGUCCCGCUGGACCCAACACAUCGCCCCAGUCACCACAACCUCAGGCGAGAAAAUCUGCCUCAACUACAUCGACUGCGCAGCCCCAUCUUCCUCCAAAACCCGCGGCACUAUCCUCCUCAUCCACGGCUUCCCCCAAACAUCCUACCAAUUCCGCCAUGUAAUCAACCCCCUCUCAACCGCCGGCUACCGCGUCAUCGCCCCCGACUACCGAGGCGCCGGCCAAUCCUCCAAACCCCCCUCUGGCUAUCAGAAAACGCAAAUGGCAGAGGACCUGCACACCCUCGUGCACUCGCACCUUUGCCUCGAAGGAAAGAUCCACAUCGUCGGCCACGACAUUGGCGGCAUGAUCGCCUUCGCAUACGCAUCACGCUAUCCAGACGACACGGCGAGCGUCAUCUGGGGCGAGUGUCCUUUACCCGGUACUUCAUUCUACGAGGCGCACAAGGCAACACCGGAUCUAUUCCAUUUCGUAUUCCACCGCGUGCCCGAUCUACCUGAGUUCUUGAUUGCGGGCAAGGAACGCGAGUACCUGAAGCAUUUCUUUGACAAAUUGCUGUUUAGUAGCGCGGCUAUUACGCCGGCGGAUGUUGAUAACUAUGUUUUGGCGUAUGAGCAGCCGGGAGCUGUGAGGGCCGGGUUGGAGGUUUAUCGUGCGUUUGAGAGGGAUGCGGAGGAGAAUCGGGAGUGGUUGGCUGAGAAGGGAAAGGUGCGGGUGCCAUCGUUGGUGUUGAUGGGGAAGGAAUGCAUGCUUUUGGAGGGGGCGGAGGAGAUGGCGAGGGAGUGUCAUGAGGGUGCUGAGGUGGUGAGUGUGGAAGGGGCGGCGCAUUAUAUUGCGGAAGAAAAUCCGGAGGGGUUUGUGGAUGCUGUGUUGGGUUUUGUAGAAAGGUAUUGA